CUACUCGACAAGAAUUUCAGUGCGAGCAAAGUUAUUCUGUCGGAGGUCGGUUUAAGAGAAGGGUGUUGCGUGUGUGCUGUAAACAUAACCUAUAAACAAUGUUUUUGUUAUUGUUGUUUGGUUUCUUCUGGGGAGUUUCUAUUUCUGAACCUCUAAUGAGAAAUUGUGAACCUAUUCGCGUUGAAAUGUGUAUGAUGUGGUAUAAUUCGACAAGUAUGCCCAAUUUAGGAGGUAAUGACAUUCAACAAGAAGCUGAUUUACAAUUACAAUCGUUUUCACCGUUGAUUCAAUACGGUUGCAGUCAAAAUUUAAAACUUUUUUUGUGUGCCGUUUAUGUACCAAUGUGUACUGAAAAAGUUUCUAAUCCCAUCGGCCCUUGUCGAGGACUUUGCGAGGGAGUGAGAUCACGAUGUUACCCCGUCCUUCAGGGUUUUGGAUUUCCUUGGCCAGACGCCCUCAACUGUUCCAGAUUUCCUGAAGUUAAUAAUCACGAACACAUGUGCAUAGACGGGCCUAAAGAUGAAAUUGAUAUCAGGGCUCCUGUUGAUCCAGCUGUACAAAAAUUUGACUGUGAGCUGAGAAAAAACGGAGAGGGUUGUCUGACGGGAUGUAAUUCUAUAAUUAUGUUCGAUGAAUCUGAGCAAAAGUUUGCAGAGGUUUGGGUGACUGUGUGGGGUUUUAUUUGCCUUGUAAUAAGUUUGGCAUCGGCAAUGACGUUAACUAUUGGAGGCGGUCGUGUAAAAGCAAGACCGCUGCUCAGUUUGGCUCUUUGCUAUGUAUUGAUGAGCGCUGGCUGGGCUAUAAGAAUGUUUGCUGGAAGAAUGUCAACAUCUUGUCCGAAAUCGCCUGAAGACGGACUUUCUAAUAUCAAUUGCGCCGUCAUCUUUCUACUUUUGUACUACUUUGGAAUGGCAGCGAAUGCUUGGUGGGUAUGCCUCUGCGGUUGGUGGGUGGCCCGAGUUGGACUUUCCUGGUCUCCUGAUAAAAUGAGAAGCUUAAAUUCCGUUCUCCAUGUUUGUGCAUGGACUUUACCGGCUGCCCAAACGGUUUCAGCUUUAGUUAGAAGAGACGUGGACUCUGACGAUUUAACAGGUACCUGCUAUAUCGGCAACAGAAACUCAACAACCCUCUUGACUUUAGUUUUGAUUCCGUAUCUCUUUUAUUUCAUUAUUGGGACCAUCUUACUUCUCUUAGGAUGUAUAUACGUUAUGAGAAAACCACAAUCAUUGGCUUCUGCACCUCUUACAAACGCAGCUCCUAGGAAAGAAAGUGAUUUUUUGGGCGCGAUUUGCACAUUGUAUGCUAUUCCUACAUUUUGCGUCAUGGUCAAUAUCUGUUAUGAAUAUAAUAAUAGGGAAAGAUGGUUCGCCGGCGAGAGAAAACCGGCAUUGUGGGCAUUUUUACUUAAAUACUUCAUGAACUUUUUCAUCGGAGUCAGUAGCGUUUUCUGGAUUUGGUCUAUGAAAAGUGUGUUGGCUUGGAAAUCCGUCUUACGACGACUUGGUCCAAGGAAACAGCCGCCAUUGAAAGUACAAACAAUGCCACAACAAAUGAUGCGUUACAUGCCUUCACAAACGGUAUCUACUAGCUUAAGUACCACUUCUAAGCACUCUACAAGAACGCAUCCUCAUAGAAAACCCAGGGUGCAUCAUAUGAGAACGGGAAGUGAAACAAUUAUAUAAAUCUGAUUGUAUUUCGAAUAGGUCAACAAAUGAUACAUUAUUAUGGCUUAAUUGUAAUAUUUACUAAGCCAAAAGCAAUGACGUUACUUUUUGUUUUUGAUACUCACAAUUUUUUUCUACAAUCACUUUAGUUUGGUUAUUAAUAUGAAUUUUAAUUUGGUGGUUGAAAAAUUACUUCAUAUUAUUUGUGGUAUUCAAAUAUUCCCACUACACGUAGUACAUUACUGUUCAUCCUGUAAUGUAUAUUAUUCCAGUAUUUAUUAAAAGAUAUUAAGGAAAAGUUAUCAGUAUAAAAAGACAUUGUUGAAUAGUAAUCAAUGUUUUUGUAAAUUGUACCAAAAACGUUUGUUUACCGAGUGAUUGUAGAAAAAUAGUUAAGGGGCUAAGAGUUAUCGUUAUUCAGAAGACUACAUUGACAAAUUUUUAGUUGCACCUCGUAAAUAUUAAUGAUCUCUAAGAAUGGGUACAUUUUUUAAAGAAUAACGAUAAUUCUGUAGAAAUUUUGUUUUCCUGCCGCAUGUACAUUAAAGGAGAGAUGAAAAUAUAAAUUUGAAGAUUUUUUCAAAAAAAAUCUCCUUUAUUUGCCUUUUGUAAAUAGUCUGUGAUUAUUUGUAUACAAAGUAAUUUAUUUUUUACGUGUCAAAUAAUUAAUCAAUGCAUAUAUUUUUAUUUUAUAACUUUUUCAUAAAUUAAAAUUGUAAAUAUUUCUUUUUAAAAUUGUUAAGAAUAAUUUUAGGUGUCCUUCUUUUCUGCUAAUUGACUAUUUCUCAAUCGAACAAACUGUGACAAUAGUUUAUCUAUUUAUUGUUUGUCAAAUCUUAGCUAAAAUCAAGAAAUCGCCAAGAAAAACUAAAUAAAAUUACCAGCUUCUUUUGUGAAUUCUGUAUUAACAGUAAAUAUAAGUGGACACAUUUCAUCAUUUACCUUCACUUGGAAAUAAUUUUUACUCCCAUUGUCUUGUUUGCAAUAAGAGAAGAAUCGAAUUUAUAUAUCAUAAUCCGUAUUCUUACAAAAUCAGCCCUGAAUUAAGGUCUAGGGCAAAAUAAUUUAUUAUAUGAAUUCAUUAAAAAGAUCUAAAGUUCCUGUAAAAUUUAACAUGUAUGUAACAUAUUCAAUAUUUAUUUCACAUGUUCAGCUUCUUAUUUCAUUUGAUGCGCUUAUUUUGUCAUUUUUAUUUAUUCCACAAAAUAUAUUGUCAGUUUUAUGACAAUUUGUAAUUCACUAUCAUAGGAGAGGGUGUUAGACUUGAAUCUAAACUAAAUCCUCAAUGGUAUCAAUACACUCACAAGUAUUUUUUUCUGUGCCUUCUAAUUGAAAAUACUGUAUUUAUAUCUGUGCCAUUUAAUUUAGCUACAGUAUUUCUCGAAAAAGUUCUAUUUUUUAUUAUAUAAUAAUAUUUUUAUACAAAUAUGUUGUAAUAUCUACUUAUCCAUGUAUUUAUUUAGUAUUUAAGUUUGUGUAAAAUGUAAUGUGAUAUAUGUGUAGGAGUAGUUGAAUAAAUAACACUUUUGUUA